UUCUGGUCGUCCUCUUGUCGUUGCCUGAAGACAAGAUGGCGAUGGUGGAAGCUGCCAGAGUUCCAGCUGCUGCCACCAUUAUGGUGGGGAAGAGUAGUAGUACUACAACCAGUGAUGGGCUGGUAAGGAGGAUAAUGGCGGUGGUGAGCAAGUCUGGUUUUUCGCUUAGGGCAAAAGUACCAAGAGGCAGCACAAACCGUCUCCCUUGGCAGCCAAGAUGUUGCUAGCUUUUUGAUACAUUAAAUUUUUGGAGAACUCCAUUUCCAAUCGUUUCAAGAACUCAUAAUAUGUAUCGCCCGCCUUCAGCGUGUUUUGUGUUCAAUGGCGAAAGUCGUUCUUGAUCGACCCACUUGUAU